UGGGCGCGUGGAGGGAAGGGCGGCUGCCCACGGAGCCAGGCUCUCGGCGUCGGCCUGGCUACUUCUGAAAGCGGGGGGCCAGAGAGGGAAGUGGAGAGAGGCUCUUCUUUCUCAUCGAUGUGCUUUUCUUGGAGGUUGAGACACCCUUUGGAAAGUGAAACGUAGAUGGCCCGAGCAAGGGCACGGAGGUGGGAAGGGGAAGGAAAUAACCAAGGAAAACUCCGCAGUGCCCACAAAAAUAGCGUGCGCUCUGCUCUGGCGUCCCCGCGCCGGUGCGAGCAGCGAGGCCAAGGGAAGGCGGCCCGACGCAAUUGUGAGUGUGGGUUUUCCCGGGAACACUAGUGAGCUCUGGAGGGUGUGUAGCCCAAGUGGCUCGUAAAGGUUGAGACCCCAGGGACCUUAAACGCCUUCCACUUCGCUCAUUUUACAGGUCUCUUUCUGAUGCCUGCCAUGUCCAGCUUUGAAGAUGCCGACACUGAGGAGACACUCACUUGCUUCCAAGUUACAGUCUAUCACCCCAGCCAAGAUAAUAAUAAGGUGUUUCAGGGGCUGAGGUUUUUCAGUCGAGAAAGACUGUCAUCCAUGGAAGUGGUAAAGUUUGGCCGCAGUCCCAACCUGUGUCAUUAUACCUUUCAAGACAAACAAGUCUCUAGAGUACAGUUCUCUCUGCAGGCAUUUAAACAAUUCAACAGUACAGUACUGUCAUUUGAAAUUAAAAACCUGAGCAAGAAAACGAACCUGCUUGUGGGCAAUGUAGAACUUGGCUAUCUCAAUAAAGUGGACCUUCCGGGCAGGUGCAUUGUGCGGUUUGGAGAAUACCAGUUCCUUAUGGAGAAAGAAGAUGGGGAAUCUUUGGAGUAUUUUGAGACACGUUUUAUCCUGGCCCCACAGUCACUCCUAGAAGAAAGACACUAUAGAACGCCUGUACCUGAAAAUGGCUUUUCUUCAUCCACAUUGCCUAUGGAAAUGGAUGAAAAUGAAUAUUGAACAAACAGAGAGGAUAACAGGACAAUCAUAAAGGAGAGAGGAAGGCGGGCAAUUUGAUGGAGAUUAUUUGGGCAGAAUGAGUUGAACAACAACAUUUCUAUCUUCCUUGCCAUCAAAUAGGGUUUUAAAAAUUCCGUGCUUUGUUGUUUUUUAAAUUCUGUGGCUUUCUUGGGCAUUGAAGAUCACCAGAGGAAGAGGUUCAGUGCUUUGGGUGGAUCCUCUCUAAAGGAUUUACAGAAAAGCAUGGAUGUGAAUUGUGCAGGAUAUAAGGGUGUGUGUGUGUGUGUGUGUGUGUG